AUGCUAACAUUCAAUGAAUAUUUCCAUCAAAAAACAAUUUACCCUCAAAUAGAAAACGCAGCCCAUAAGAAAUCACAUGGAUAUGAAAGAAUUGGUUAUAUGGCAUUAUGUAGUGAUGUGGGAGUUACAACCAUGGUACCAUUAAAACCUACUAAUCAAGCAUCAGGUAAUACUUUAUGA